AUGACACAUGUCAAGCAAAAAAAGGAGAAGGUCCAAAUAAGAAGGAAAGAGGAGCAACCUUCCGAAGAGGAAGAGGAAGAAGACGACGACGACGUGAGUAUCGGGUUUGGAACUUACCCUCCAAUCCUCACCUACCCUCCCAUCCCCAUCCAUACCCAAAGAACCAUUGUUCCAACUGUUUCCUCCCAAAACCCACGUGGCUAUUGGUAUGCACUGGUGCUGCCUCUGCCUCUUGUGCUACGAGGAAGACCACAAAAGGCAGAGGCAGCACCAGUGGGCCGCCUCAAAAGUUGGUUAUGCUUCAUCCAAGGCCAGUUCGUUCCUUGUCCUCUUACACUACGAGUGGCGUCGUGUAUUUUACCGAAAGGGAAGGCCCUCGCUUAG